CGCAGUGGUCAUCUCUUCUACACGUGUGUACCGUUGACUUGGCGUUGAGGCUAUUUACUUGACAAAAAAUAUAUUAAAACAUAUUUUUUAUAGCUUUGCAUUAUUUUUCUGGUAAGAGAUGCUAGUAUUGUUCGAGACUUCAGCAGGUUAUGCUAUUUUUAAGUUAUUGGAUGAGGGGAAACUUCUGAAAGCUGACGAUUUGUACAAAGACUUUGAGAAUGCUGAAAGUGCACAUAAGAUAUUAAAAUUGAAGCAUUUUGAAAAGUUUAAUGACACAACAGACGCAUUGGCAGCUGCAACUGCUGCUGUCGAGGGCAAAAUGUCAAAGAAUUUGAAAAAGGUUUUGAAAAGAGUGUCUAAAGAUUUGAAUGAGAAACUGGCUGUUGCUGAUGCAAAACUGGGAAAUUCGAUUAAAAAGAAAUUGAAUCUUAAUUGUUUGUACAGUUCAGCAAUUCAAGAAUUGAUGAGAGGCAUAAGAAGUCAAAUGAACAACCUACUGACAGGACUUCCCGAGUCUGAUGUUUCGUCCAUGGCUCUUGGCUUAGCUCAUAGUUUAUCUCGGUACAAGCUGAAGUUCAGUCCAGAUAAAGUAGACACAAUGAUUGUGCAAGCCAUUUCAUUGCUUGAUGAUCUUGACAAAGAGUUGAAUAAUUAUGCAAUGAGAUGUCGGGAGUGGUAUGGCUGGCAUUUCCCAGAGUUUGGAAAGAUCGUUACUGAUAAUUUGGUGUUUGCCAAAGCUGUGAAAAAAAUAGGUUUACGAACCAAUAUUCAAAAUGUGGACCUCUCUGACAUCAUUCCUGAAGAUGUAGAGGAAGAAGUAAAAGCUGCUGCAGAGAUUUCAAUGGGAACAGAGGUAUCUGAUGGAGAUAUUGCAAAUAUAAUUUACCUAUGUGAUCAGGUUAUUGAGAUUUCUGAAUACAGAUCUCAGCUGUAUGACUACCUAAAGAACAGAAUGAGUGUCAUUGCACCCAACUUGACUGUCUUAGUUGGUGAACUUGUAGGAGCUCGACUAAUAGCACAUGCUGGUUCCUUAGUAAAUCUUGCAAAACAUCCGUCAUCAACAGUUCAGAUAUUGGGAGCAGAAAAGGCAUUAUUUCGAGCUUUGAAGACCAAACAUGACACUCCAAAAUAUGGUCUGAUAUAUCAUGCUUCUUUAGUGGGACAAUCAAAUGCAAAGAACAAGGGAAAGAUAUCACGCAUGCUUGCAGCUAAAGCAUCGUUAGCAGCAAGAGUUGAUGCUUUAGGUGAGGAUGUUGAUGUUGAAUUGGGAAUGGAAAUUCGGGCUAAAGUUGAAUCAAGAGUACGAGCUCUGGAAGAAGGCCAGAGGAAAAAAUAUAGUGGAACAGAUAAAGCUGUCAAGACUCAGAAAGACGAAAUGCAAGGUGAAAUGAAAAGAUAUAAUCCUGAAACAGACUCCACUUUGUUUUUUAGAAAGAAACGUAAACGUGAAGAAUCAAUAGAUUCAUUAGUAAGAGUCGGUUUUGUUUAAGCUUUGCCAAGAUCUUCCUUCCACAAUCAAGAUGAAUUGAGAUCAGACAAAUGAUAUGAAAGAGUUAAUCCCCGUUUCAUUAAUAUUCUUCAAUGCAUUACCUUUUCUCUUUCCAUGCUUUUCCAAAAUUCAUUUGUAAAUACUUUUCUAUCAUUUGCUUUAAUAUACAUAAGAAGCUUUUUGCCAUCCUCAUCUUUGUAGAGCCUUAGAAAAAUAAAUUAAUUUUUGACACUA